AUGCAGCAAGGUGUCUCAACAAGAGCCCAUCGAUUAUCAGGCUCCUCUACCAGCUGCCUUUUUGUAGGCGUUGUAGCUGUGACGACCGGUGCAUUCUCGUGCCGACAAUUCUUACUCAACGCUUUGAGCCGGCCUGCACGGAGGCGAUUGGUGACCAAGCCGACACUAGACAUGUCAACAGUGGCAACUUUUGGUGGGGGGAAUGGCGUCACGGUGCCUUCGAGAGAGAGUCCGUCAACGGCUGUGAUGAUCUUCUUGCACGGAUUGGGAGACUCGGGUGUGAACUGGGCUCCUACGUUUCCCCUUCCACCCACUCCAUAUAUGGAGACAGUUCUUCCCAAUGCCGAUGAUCAACCAGUUACAAUCAACAAUGGCUUUCGGUCACCGAGUUGGUUUGACUUGCGUGGCCUUGAUGAAGAUGCGGAUGAAGACGAGGACGGUAUUGACAGAGCCGUGGGGCGCAUCGACCGCAUUGUCGAGAAUCAGGUGAGGCUAGGAGUGCCUGAGCAUCGGAUUGUUGUCGGAGGUUUUAGCCAAGGUGGCGCCCUAGCGCUUAGCUACGGAUUACGAACCGAGAGAAAGCUUGCAGGUAUUGUUGCGUUGAGCGCCUGGCUUCCGCUGAGGGGAAAGUAUCCAGCAGCCUGCAGCCACGCUUCAAAGGAUUUAGAUAUUUUCAUGGGGCAUGGUACAGCUGAUCAGGUCAUCACCCACAGCUACGCGCGGAAGAGCGCGGAUUUGCUACAGCAGAUGGGACGCAAGGUUUCAUUUCAUUCUUACCCUGGUUUGACCCACUCAGCAUCGGCCGCCGAAUUAGAUGACUGGGGCUCAUUUCUGUCACGAGUAGUACCUCGCGAGUAGCCUCGCUGUGUAGCGCUCAGUUUUGGCAUAAACCACGCGUUUGCUCUCCUCUCGCCUCGCAGUGACGGGGCCUACAGCAUUGCGCUGUCA